AUGUCCCCCAAAUCCAAACUCAUCGCUAUCGUUGCUGGUGUUGGUCCCGGAACCGGCGCCUCCGUCGCCCGCAAAUUCAGCCAAACCUACUCCGUCGUGCUCCUCGCCCGCACCCCCGAAUCCUUCUCUUCUCUCGCCGAGGAAAUAAACAAAGCUGGCGGCAAAGCCAUUGGUAUCGCCACAGACGUGUCCUCUUCUUCUAGCCUGUCUUCAGCUGCCGCCGCGAUCAAGAAAGAGUUCGGCGACGACGUCGCAGCCGCAGCAGCGAUUUUCAAUGCUUCUGGUGCGUUUAUGCGGAAGCCGUUUUUGGAGAUUCCGGUUGAGACUUUUGAGAAGAGUUUGGGUGUUAGUGGUAUGGGUGGAGUGCUUUUCUCGCAGACUUUCUUGCCGUUGUUGCUGAAGGGCGUGGAGAGGGGGAGUGAACACCCGCCUAGUCUUAUCUUUACGGGGGCCACGGCGAGUGUGAAGAGUAAUGCGCAAAUGGCGAGUUUCUCGACGGGGAAGUGGGCGUUGAGGGCGCUGAGUCAGAGCCUUGCGCGGGAGUUUGGACCGCAGGGUGUUCACGUCGCUCAUGCGAUUAUUGAUGGGGUUAUUGAUAUUCCGAGGACGAAGGAGUGGUUGAAGGAUAUGCCUAAGGAGGCGAAGUUGAGUGCUGAUGCAAUUGCGAAUGAUUAUUGGUGGUUGCACACCCAGCCAAAGACGAACUUUACGUGGGAGAUUGAUCUUAGGCCUGCGGUUGAGAAGUGCUCUCGCUGGUCUUCUAAGCCGACAUCAAAGUCACCCGGAGAUGAUGUGAAGACUCCAGAGGAGCCCAAACACGUCGCCGUCCCGUCUUUUGGCUUCACCAUGCCUACUUUCACCAAGAAGCCUUCUCCGGCUGCGCGGUCUCAAGUCGUCUCGUCUGUAUCGUCCGAGGCCAAGUCGGUCGAGACGAAGAAGCCCGCGGUCAAGAUCGAUGAGAAUCCUAACCAAGAUCUCAUCAAGGUCGAGACUGGUAAACCGCAGUCCAAGGUCGCCGCCGCUAUCCAGGCGACUCGCGAUCAGAUGGCUAAGAUCAUGGGCCAACGUCGUCAAGAUCGCCCUUCCACGGCGAAUGCGACGAUUGGACGUGGUCCGAGCGCGUCGUACCCAGGAUACAUCAGGAGGGAUAGAUAG